UUUGUGAAAGACAAAAACAUUGAGCACGCAUAUGGCAGCAUAUGGAUGGAUUUUAUUUUUGGGAUAUUUAGCGAAGAACUGAAGAGUAACGCGCGGUAUUUUCCAGCGAAUGUGUUAAACGAGCCCCGGUGACUGUUGGGGCGCUGCGAGCACGAAAGAAAAUAAAAGAUCGGCAGAUGGGAGGACCAAGUGGGGAACAAAACAAACCGUGUCACCCUGACUACACCAGAGGCUGAAUCAUCCACAGGCUAGCCGGCUACCAGACAUUUGGCUCGGAUAGUUUUAACCAACAGUUAUUGCAGCAUUUACAGAAGCUCCGUUUACAGAAUGUAUAUAUCGUUCGUGUGGUUUUACAUGACAUCAUAGAAGUGCAGUGUUACACAAGAGCUGUCCGCCAAACUAGCAAGUUAGCAAGCUACUGUUAGCUGUUGCUACCCUGAUAUGAACUGUCCUAGCUACUGAGUAGCUCCAGAAUGUAGCUGGGGCUGUUAGUCUGCAUUCGUUUUAUAACAUAUUUAGUUCGAAUAGCUCGUCAGUUUGGAGUGACUGAAGAAUGUGAAGAACAAUGGCUAACUUUGAAGCAUAUCAGGAGUAUCAAAGAAUUGAAGACUUCGAGGAAGAUUCACCACCAGGAGAGGAGGAUUUACUGGUGCAUGUGCCUGAAAGCCUAAAAGAUUCAUGGCACCAUAUCAAGAACUUGGAUAACUUCUUCACAAGGAUCUAUCAUUUCCAUCAGAAGAAUGGCUUUGCCUGCAUGAUUCUGACAGAGUUCUUCGAGCUUGUCCAGUUUUUGUUUGUCGUCACAUUUACCACGUUCCUCGUCAACUGCGUUGAGUACGAUGUCCUGUUUGCCAAUCGAGCUGUCAAUCACACCGGACAAAGCCAGAAUCCAUUGGACAGAAAUAAAGUCACGCUGCCUGAUGCCAUCCUGCCAACCCAGCAGUGCACCCAGAGGAUUCAGGAAAACAGCUGGAUAAUAUUCCUUCUCAUCAUGGCAGCCGUUUUCUGGAUCUAUCGUCUUGUUAAAGUCUUUUGCAACGUUUUGAGCUACUGGGAAAUCAGGCAGUUUUACAUCAAAGCACUGAAGAUCAGAAUGGAUGAACUAUGCAACUUCACAUGGCAGGAGGUCCAGGACCGACUCAUCAGCCUACAGAAAGAGCAGCAGAUGUGCAUUCACAAGAAAGAGCUGACAGAACUGGACAUUUAUCACCGCAUCCUGCGGUUUAAAAACUACAUGGUGGCCAUGAUAAACAAAUCCCUGCUGCCGGUGCAGCUGCAGCUCCCCCUGCUGGGCGACGUGGUGUUCUUAACCCAGGGCCUCAAGUACAAUUUUGAGCUCAUCCUUUUCUGGGGCCCUGGCUCUCUGUUUCAGAACAAGUGGAACCUGCACCCAAAGUACAAGCGCAGCGGAAACCGCCUGGAGCUCGCCCAGCAGCUCAGCAGGGUCAUCCUGCUGAUUGGUUUGGCCAACUUACUGCUGUGUCCCUUCAUCCUGGUGUGGCAGGUGCUCUACGCGUUCUUCAGCUACACAGAGGUGAUCCGCAGGGAGCCCGGCAGUCUGGGCGCACGCCGCUGGUCCCUGUACGGUCGCCUGUACCUGCGCCAUUUCAACGAGCUGGACCACGAGCUGCACGGACGACUGGGCCGCGGCUACAAGCCCACGUCCAAGUACAUGAACUCCUUCACAUCGCCGCUGCUCACCGUGCUGGCCAAGAACGUGGCCUUCUUCUCGGGCUCGGUGCUGGCGGUUCUCAUCGCGCUGACUGUGUACGAUGAGGACGUUCUGACGGUGCAGCACAUUCUCACCGCCAUCACUGUGCUGGGGGUGGUGAUUACCAUCACCAGGUCUUUUAUCCCAGACGAGCAUAUGGUGUGGUGUCCAGAGCAGCUGCUGCAGUGCGUGCUGGCACACAUUCACUACAUGCCGGACCACUGGAGGGGCAACGCUAACAAGAGCGAGACCCGUGACGAAGUGGCGCAGCUGUUCCAGUACAAAGCCGUAUUCAUCCUGGAGGAAUUGCUCAGUCCCAUUGUCACACCAUUUAUCCUCAUAUUCAUCCUGAGAAACAAGUCUUUAGAAAUCAUCGACUUCUUCAGGAACUUUACCGUGGAAGUGGUUGGCGUCGGGGACAUCUGUUCUUUUGCUCAGAUGGACAUCAGACGCCACGGAAACCCAACAUGGCUGUCAGAGGGCCAGACAGAGGCCUCUAUAUACCAACAGGCCGAGAACGGCAAGACAGAGCUGUCGCUCAUGCACUUCACUAUAAAGAACCCCCACUGGCAGCCACCUCAAGAGAGCUCGGUGUUCAUCAGUCACUUGAAGGAGAAGGUGCAGCAUGACGCGCAGGGCGGCCCCUCCACACAGCUGCUGCUGUCAGAGGCCCCUCUCUGCACUUCGCUGCAGUCAAACGAGUCUGGAACCGGGCCUGACAAUCUUUUAGCCAGUGUCCUGGCCCACCCCAUCCUGACUGCGUCUGGACUCCAAGGACGAGAUCAUCGUUUUAUCCCACCAAGCACCGCAGCUUCAGCCGCAGCCAGCGUCCUGGCCUCUCUCUCCACCUCCCAGCUGGCGCAUGCCAGCAGAGGCCGCUCGCACAGCCUCCUGCGCUCCUCUGGCCAUCCGGAGACCGCCAUGUUCCGCAGCGAUCGCACCCUCAUGGACAGCAUGUCUAACAGUGGUUCUCAUCUGAGGAGAAAUGCGCUGCACUCAGAGUUUGCCUCGGCAGAGAUGAGUCUUCAUGCCAUCUACAUGCACGAGCUCCACCAACAGAGCUCCCACCCGCAGAGGACAUCAGGGCAAUGGCAGAAUCCAAUUCCGAUGAGGGAUCUGCACACACACACUGGUUUCCAGAGCCACAGUGGCCAUGGUACCAGCAUUUCCAUGCCCACCCCUGUUCAGCUCGAUGGCUGGAAGGAAGAAGAAGAGGAGAAUGUGGAUGAGCAGGAAGUUAUAAGUGGAUCUACUCCACAACAGGGCACUGAGAAUACAUGCUGAAGUGCCUUUAUCAUAAGCGUUUACAUUUUCCUUUCUUCAAUGAACAUUGUGGCCUUAGAUGAUCAUCGUGGAAAGUUUAGCACGGACCGUUAAACCACCAGUCGGCAUUUGUUGUUGGAAGGACUCAUUGAUAAAUAACCACUGUCUUUGCACCUUCUCGCCUCAUCCCAGGCAGACUAUGGCAUCAGGGAAACCAUAAGUCUUCCAUCCAUUUUGUCAUCAGUGUGUACAAGCAGCAUAUAAAGCCCAUAUGAUAGAUAGAUAGAUGGACAGUGUAGUGUAUUUAUUGGAUCACUGUGUGACGGUGGUUCUGAGCAGUUUUAUUGCAAAGUACAUCCGGCUCUGCUGCUGCUGUGCCUCUGUGCAUCACCAGGUUAUUCAGUGAGUUUUCAGCUGAGGUGUGUCUUGAUCUAUGCUACAUCACAAAGACUAUAAAAUAUAUCUGUGCUGCUUGUGCAGAUCAUCUAAAAAAAAACACAAUAACACAGCCUGUGCUCUUUGACCUUUGUAAAUACAUUUUUUGCAUCUUACGUGUCCUUUAAAAGGUCACUUUUUUUAAUACCAGAUCCUAAUUCUUCAAAAAAAAAGAAAGAAAAAAAGAUACCAAGUAUUUAUAUGAUGUAAAGCUGACUUUACCGUAGCCGUACUACUACGACACCAUGAGUGUGUGGACAAAGCCCACUCUGGGUCUUGAUAAGAUGAUGUAAAACUUCUUCUGACCUGGCAUGCACAUGCUCUGAUGCUGCUAAUUGUGUGUAGUGCUCCUAAACACAGGUUGCGUUCAGUAUUACUAUUUCUGCAGCUGAUGAAUCAAACUUUCACUCUUCCUUAAUGACAGAUCUGAAAUGAACAUCCAGUACUCUUACCAUCCAAAUCCAAAUGCUGGCAGAAGAUGCCUGUUGAGUCUGUUAAGCUGAACCCAAGUUCACAUAAAUGAAUAUGCCAGUCAGUACCUCAGUGGUGUAAAUGUUUCGAUAUGUGGACAUCUGAACUGCAUUUUGAUUUUGGGUGUUUGUGUAAAUGGAAACCACUUCAUUCUCUGUCCUUAUUGUAUGCCUAGCUGUUAAGUUUGAGCAUUGUGGCAGACUUACUAUGUUUUUUUUUGUUUGUUUGUUUUUAUUUAAUACAGGGUGGUAAAGCUUUUACGAAUCUUUGUUGUGAUUUUAUUUUCUUCCAAAUUUUAUCAAAAGGGCUGAUUUUAGUGUGUGUGAUGUUCUCUCUGCAACUUCUCUGCUUCUUUUUGAUAUUACUAUCAUUAUUUUUAAUGUUCCCGACAGCAGUUCCCCCAGAUUUUGUUCUUACAGAGGAGAAUCAAAGCCUCUCCCAAGGCAGAAUUGAUUAUUAGCUUUAGAAAUAUUUAUUAUCCGCCUAUCUCAUCAUAUUUAACUAAUAAAAGGAUAUAGUAUUAUUUAUUUAAGAAAAUAUUUUGGCUUUUUUGACCAAAUAAUCAAAAAUUAAAGAAGCUUCUAAUCUGAUUGAUCUAUAAAAAAAAUAAAAGAUCCGGCGUUGUUUAGAUGUUUUAAAAAACAAGAUAAGCCCCGCCCCAUGAUGUUAAAUGUGAGUCACACCUUUUCUGUUACCUCCAACACUCGACUGCAGUCAGCUAAAAGUUUAAAACCCAAUCCACUUUAGCAGGACCUCAUAGGCUGUACGUGCACCAUAACUUACUCGUAUGUUUAAUGGCUUUUCAACUCUUAGUUGAGACUGUACAUGUGUCUAUGAAGGUGCAACUAUGCUAACACGAGCUCAGAUUUCUUUGCACUGACCUAGAGCAGUUUAUUUUCUUUUUGUUAUGCAUCUGUAUACAAAGUUUGCAUGAGUUUGAGAGGAUAGUGUGUACUUUCAGGAUACAUUCUGACUGUUCACAGUGUUUGUUACGUAAGCAUCAGCAUGUAAUGUAUUGUCGUCAUCCAUGCCGGACCACAAAGGAAAGCACUGUGGCCAAUCACAUGAGAUCUUUCUUACCUCUGGAUCACUCUAAGCUCACCCUGCAUGGGAGGAUUCUCUGUCACACCUAUGCUCACGUAGGCUUCGUUGUUACCGUCUAUUUGUGUAUAUUUCACAUUCAUUGACAUGCUAUGUUAUAGAGACACUGGAGGCCAGCUUUAGUUUUCUCAGUCUCCAUACAAAAAACCCCAGCGUGCCGUUUCAUGUUAGUUAUUUGAUUAGAAGCAGUGCCUUAGUAUUAAGGAUAAGUAUUUGCUUUUGUAGAAGCCACUUCGUCUAAACCAUCACAUCGACUUUUUGUCAAUUUAGCAGGACAACAACAACGACGUAGAGUUCUUUUUUGAUUGGCGAGUCUUUAAUGUAAAUAGCAUCAGGUAUGUUUUGGCGUGUAAGAUGAGUCACUAACUGGCGUGAGUCUUUUGUAUCCAGCAGCACAGCGCUUGUUGUCAGGGUGUUUGGGAUGGCAGUAUCAGCAACUCAAAGAGGUUUGCCUUGUAAUUUGUGAGGCAAACUGCAGCGUCAUCGUGGCCACACCUCUCACCAUACUGUCGUUUUUCUUAUCUACUACACACCAGUCCAAGAAUCUCAGUGACUGGAACAAGGUGCUAAGUUUUCACCCUGAGUAGGUGAAUAUGUUUUCAGGCAUGUUUUUUUUUUUUCUUACAAAGUUCAGUUUGUUUUGUCCUGUAAAGACAGCAGAGAGAUGAAACAUGCCAAAAGAAGUUUUUUUUUUCGGCACAGCUUUAUAUCUGUUGUUUUCUGUGCGUGACUAUAGAAGAGAAAUAGAGAAGCAAAUAAAAAUCUUAUUUUGAGUGUAUUUAAUCAUUUGUUGUGAGGUUGGUUAUGUCACGUUUAUUUGAAAUAAAAA